AUGGAUGAUGAUAAAAAAGCAAUUGUUGUAGGACUUAGUGCUGGUAUUGGUGGAUUUGUUGGAGUUCUAAUUCUUUUUUGUAUUUGUUGGCAUUUAUGUUGUGGAUCUUCUGAAAAAGAAACUAUUCAACGAACUACAAGACCAAUUCCAGUUAAACAAAUUCGACGUACAGCACCAGCAACUACAGCACAUCAUAAUAUAUCAACAAUAACACCUAUAAAAUGUACUACUAUUUCUUCCGAUUCAAAAACCAAUUCAACAGAUGACUUAGCAAGUAGACUUAAAGUGGCACGUCAAUGA